UUCAGUGUAAAUCCUUGUAACCAAGUGCACCGUCGCAGUGAAGUUUGAUCUUUCUGCCGCGCCGUAGACCAACCCGGAUGUAGACGCUCGACCCCGACAUUUGCACAUUUUAUACGUUUAGGGCUUUUAAACUGUCUUAAUUUGUUCCUUUCUUGUUUGUCCCCGGAUUUUGAAGCUAUUUCGUUUACAAAUAAGCGAGAACAAGGAAUAUAACAACUCAAUGUUACAUAAUGAAGGACGAAUGAAUUAAGAGAAGCCAGCGGCCGCCAUGUUCCUCAGCCUGGCCCUGCUGCGUAAGGGCAUCCCGGGCAAGCAGUGGAUCGGCAAGUACCGGCGUCCGCGGCCCGUCACGUGGCAGAUGAAGCGCAACACGCUGAAGCACCUGGAGCGCGAGGCCCAGAACGAGUACUGGAUCAGCCGGCCCUACGUGACGCCCGAGCAGGAGGCCGGAAGCGCCGCCGAGCGCCGCGCCGGCAACUGGCUGCGCAUCAAGGAGGCCAAGUUCAACAAUUUCCCCCAGCGCAAGACCGUCACCGAUCACCUGGCCCAACUCGGCAUGUCCAAGAACUGGUCCCCUUAACGCUUGGGUUUGGACAAGGAAAGACUUUUCAGCGUGUUCGUGCCGUAUUGUGAAGCAGGGCUGAAAGCGUUAAGGUGUUUUGAGUCAUUAAAACACACAAAAAGGCAUGAAAGCAGCAAAAUAUUCUAUAUUAACUGUUGUCCAUGUACAACUUGGUUCUCCACAUGUAUUACUCAUCAUUUAUAUAUAAAACUCAGUUGAAAUACUGCAA